AUGGUGUUUGUUAAAGAGGAGAGUGAGGAGGACACGAGUGAACCAGAAACCUGGAGAAUAAAACAAGAGGAACAAGGAGGCCUGAUGAAAGUGAAAGAAGAAAGACAAGAUCUGAAUGAGGUGGAGGAGAAACACAAGGAUCAGAAAGAUCAUGAUGUCAAUGAAGAAAAAUCAGUGAGUUGCAGCAUUCAAAUAACAGACGUCAAAAGGCUUUUCAGCUGCUCUCAGUGUGGAAACACUUACAAACAUAAAAGAAGCCUUAUUAAACACAUGAGAAGUCAUACUGGGGAAAAGCCUUUCAGCUGCUCUCAGUGCGGAAACACUUUCACGUGUAAUGAAAACCUUAAGAAUCACAUGUUAAUUCAUGCUGGAAUAAAGCCUUUUACCUGCUCUCAGUGUGGAAAGAGUUUUACAAAGAAAAGGCAACUUAAGGACCACUUGGUAACUCACUCUUCAGACAAGGCUUUCAUCUGCUCUCAGUGUGGAAACACUUUCACACGUAAAACAAACCUUAAGGAUCACAUGUUAAUUCAUGCUGGAAUAAAGCCUUUUGCCUGCUCUCAGUGUGGAAAGAGUUUUACACAGAAUGGACACCUUAAGGAUCAUUUGGUAACUCACUCUUCAGAAAAGCCUUUCAGCUGCUCUCAGUGUGGAAAGUCUUUCAAACAUAAAGGAAGCCUUGUGAAACACAUGAGAAUCCAUAGUGGGGAAAAGCCUUUCAGCUGCUCUCAGUGCGGAAACACUUUCACGUGUAAUGAAAACCUCAAGAACCAUAUGUUAAUUCAUGCUGGAAUAAAGCCUUUUACCUGCUGUCAGUGUGGAAAGUCUUUCACACGUAUAGGAUAUCUUGAGACUCACAUGCUAAUUCAUGCUGGGUAA